AUGUGUAGCUGGGCAGUAGUCAGUACCUGCACUGGAGCAGUACAAGACUUCCGUGGAUUAUUAGCUCUACGCUUCGUGCUUGGAUUUGUAGAAGCACCAUUCUUCCCUGGUGCACUCUUCCUGUUCUCUUCAUGGUAUACCAGAAAGGAGCUCGCAGCGCGUAUUUCAAUUCUUUAUGUUGCUGCGCAGAUAUCCGGCGCUUUUGGUGGCCUUCUUGGCAGUGGAAUCAUGUCCGGCAUGGACGGCAAAGCAGGUCUCCCCUCCUGGCGGUGGUUAUGUAUGUCCAAGACACUUGAAGGAGCCGCAACUAUUCCUGUUGCAAUCCUGGCCAUGUUCGUUCUGCCCGACUAUCCAGCAACCACGAAAUGGCUCAGUGGGGACGAACGAACAUUGGCAAUUACCCGAUUAGCAGAGGAAGCAAACGAAAGCGACCAUGAUGAAACGAAUGGAAGCUUCGACGGCCUGAAGCUUGCAUUCUCGGACGCUGUGCUCUACAUAAUAUGGUUGAUGCAACUCGGUCUAAACACAGCUGCAGCAUUCACGAAUUUCUUCCCCACAAUCGUCGAAACACUCGGAUAUGGAACCACUGAUACUCUAUUGCUAUCAGCGCCACCUUAUAUAUUUGCAGCUAUCUUGAGUGUUGCCAAUUCGUUUCACAGUGACCACAAGAGUGAGCGCUGGCUGCAUGUAGUGUGGCCGCAAGUAUUCAGUGGCAUUGGUUUCAUCAUUAGUGCAGUGACACUGAAUGUGGCAGCUCGGUACAUCUCCAUAUUUAUGAUGAUGUCAAUAUACGGCUCAUUUGGCUGUAUUCUCUCCUGGGCAUCGACCUCAUUGCCUCGACCUCGCUCUAACCGUGCUGUGGCGUAUGCGGUCGUCAAUGCUGGGUCCAAUUUUGCAUCUAUAUACGCCAGCUACUUUUAUCCUAAGUCGCAAGGCCCAAGGUAUUGGCAAGCAAUUGUUGCGAAUGUGACUUUUUGCGGCCUUUGUAUUUUUAUGGCUACGGUGUUGCAUUUUACUCUUCGUGGGCGAAACAGACGUUUGGACAUGGCUGCAGAUUCAGAUCUUACGAAUGGGCAAGACCCUGCGAUUGAGGGUUCCGAUUGCUAUCAACUCGUCUGUAGAUGGAAUUGUCAUCCCCUUUAUCGAUACACAACUUGA